CCAACAUUCUAUACGCGGCGUUUGCCUCCCCAUCAGCACUCUAACGCAGGACUGCAAGCAAUUCGAAGGAAACCUCUACUGCGCAUGCCCUGCGAGUGAUUUUGCCUCGUUCGACACGGCCGAUUGCCUGGUACCCUACACUUUACGACUCAGAACCGUCAAGCAUAUUGUCGCAAAAUAUCUUCCUCCCUUUUCCAACGUCUGAUUUCGUAGAAGUGAGAGCGCUGCUUAGAAACCAAGCGGAAGAGAGGGUUAACCAAUUCGUGAGGCCAAGGAAUCGGGCUGAUAAGUGCCUGCGAAUCGUAGAGAUAAAAAAAUGAGAGAACUCAUCCUAACACAAAUAAGGAACUUUAGACUUCUCUUUUUUCUCUUUCUACAAGGCAUAAACUUGAGAACUGCCCAUAGAAAACAAUGGCGAGAUCUAAACUGUUAGCAUAGCUAAGAUUGGGCAACAACGAGUCCGCCCAAAACAAAAGGCUAAAGGUCUUUGAGGAAAUGGGAUACGAUAUUGAGCGCUUUGUUGGUUAUGUAAAUGAAGGACUGUUGUGCUGUAUCUGCCGAGAUGUGCUGGAAGAUCCUCUGCAGGCGCCUUGCGAACAUGCUUUCUGCACUUCCUGUAUACAUGGAUGGCUUGUUCAUCACACUAACUGCCCAGAGGAUCGCCAACCACUUGAUCUGUCUGCCCUUCAACCGCUUUACAGAUAUAUGAAGAACGAUCUUAAUAGACUCCAGCUUCGCUGCAGGGAGCGCGGCUGUGAAAUGGUGUGUUCACUGGAAUCCAUUGACCGACACGAACGCGAGUGUGAAUACAGGCGGAUUCCCUGUUCAAACAGUGGAUGCCCAGAUCAGGUUGUACAGCAUAACUUAGACAGCCAUUUGGCAGUGUGCGAGUAUAGGAGCCGUGAGUGCCCCAAUGGUUGUGGGUAUGCCAUUCUCAGUGCUGAUGAUGCACAGCAUAACUGCGUGGCGGAGCUCAGAACGGAACUAGAACUGCUCAGGUCAGAGAUGAUCUACCGCAUGGAAGAGGCAAAACAUGAGAUGGAAUCUCGCUUAGAUUCUCAAAGAAGACAUAUGGUACAAAAAGAGAGUCUUUUGCAAAAUGAGAUUGAAGAGCUGAAGAGUCAGAUGUCCAGGAUGAUGUCUGACAUACAUACCCUUGUGGCCGCAGAAAGGCAGCAUUGGCAAGAGCUGGAGCAGGCACAGCUUGAGAAACAGGAAUUGCUAGAGCUAGUGAAGGGCCUCCAGAAAGACUGUCGACUCUCCAGGGAUGGAAGCAAGAAAGCAACAAACAUCCGACCUCUGACACAACUGGAGAGUAUGAAACGAAAACCAAGGGAGGUGACUGUCACAUCAGCUAAAGGAAGCUCUCCAACUCCUGCUUCCUGUAAAGAGCUGGAAGAACUGGAACUCUCCCCAUCCUCCCCCCACAUGGGCAUUGCUAGAGGACAAAGAAUAAAUGAAAAGCAACUUCCCCUAACUAAUAUGUACAUAAAUGAGAGGAAAUCUGCCAGUGCUGGCUUUUGUGCAAACCCUUCAUUCCCAUGGAACCACACACAGGAACCUCUCUUUUAA